AUGUCGACCCCCAGGAAUAGCAGAUUGCAAAAUGGCAACGGUGUUCCGUCUUCUUCACCUCUGUUCUUCCGUUCCUCGCCUGCGGGAGCUUCCGCAACAAAUGGCAACGUCGGUGUCAGCUCGCCGUUGCAGCAGUCUACAGUAGGAGGAGCUACUCCAAGGCGAGCGCCCGCAGGAGACUCGUCGCCGAUCCACUAUGCUUCCAGCUCGAGCCCUGGAAGGGCCCCCCAACAGAAUGGGGACCGUCAACAAGAUAUCCCAUCUAGCUCUAGCGGGCUCUUUGUGCGUUCGUCCCGCUCCGGAGCUCCAGGUGCAUCCGCCGUAAACAAUUCUCGACGUGGAGAUAUCCAUUCGGAAGUCUUUGGCUCUACACCUAAUCGACGGCGGCGCCUCUUUGUUGAUGAACAUGGCAAUGCUGUGCAAGCCUCUGACCCUGCAACGUUCUCAAAUCUUGACCCCAAUACAUCUGAAGCAGAUGUCAUUGGUGGAUCAUCCUCCCGCAUCAUCUGGGGAACCAAUAUUUCAAUUCAAGAUACUAUGGGAACGUUCAAAGAAUUCCUGCUUGGCUUCCAGAAGAAAUACAGACUAUGGGCUUCUGGCGCUACUGAGGAAGAGACUUCGGCACCAGAAAUUGAGGGCGACCAAAGGGAAUACGUCGAAAUGCUACAGAACAUGCGACAACUCGAAUUGCAGAGUCUGAACUUGGACGUUCGUAAUUUAAAAGCAUAUCCCUCAACAGUCAAGCUGUAUCAUCAGCUACAAUCAUACCCACAUGAAGUGAUACCUUUGAUGGAUCAGUGUGUGAAAGACCUUAUUGUCGACCAGGCCGAGGACGAGAUGAACCGGUUGAGAGCUGAACAAAGGACAAGUCGCCCUGAUAGCUCGAUGCCCGCAGCCCCAAGCUCUGACGCCAACGCUCAUACAGACCCAAGUAUCCCUGAUCUCGUCAUGGAGGCGGAAACCAAGAUCUACAAAGUCAAACCUUUUAAUCUCGAGGAAUCCGUAAACAUGCGGAAUCUCAAUCCUAAUGAUAUGGAUAAGAUGGUCUGUAAUCAUGCGGUCAACGUAUCUUUAGACAGAGGUAAGAUUGCAGAACCAACACGCUGCCCUCGACAAGCAUGCCAGUCGCAGAACUCAAUGCAAAUUGUGCACAAUCGUUGCGAGUUUGCAGACAAGCAGAUAAUCAAGCUACAAGAAACACCAGAUAGCGUUCCAGACGGGCAGACACCUCACUCGGUAUCUCUUUGUGCAUAUGAAGAGCUGGUUGAUGUAUGCAAAGCUGGCGACCGCAUCGAAGUCACAGGAAUCUUCCGUAGUAACCCGGUCCGUAUCAAUCCAAGGCAACGUACUAUCAAGGCUCUCUUUAAGACCUAUGUUGAUGUUUUGCACAUUCAAAAGGUGGAUAAGAAAAGGCUAGGUAUCGACGUUUCGACCGUUGAGCAAGAGAUCUCAGAACAAGUUGCUGGAAGCGUGGAGGAAACCCGCAAGAUCUCAGAGGAAGAGGAACAGAAGAUCAGAUCAACCGCAACACGCGGCGAUGUUUAUGAGCUACUCUCACGUUCGCUCGCACCCAGCGUGUAUGAAAUGGAUGACGUGAAAAAAGGAAUCCUUCUCCAGCUCUUCGGGGGAACGAACAAGUCCUUCGAAAAGGGCGGCAGUCCCAAAUAUCGUGGAGACAUCAAUGUGCUGCUCUGUGGCGAUCCUUCAACGUCGAAAUCUCAGCUCCUUCAGUACGUCCACAAAAUUGCACCUCGUGGUGUAUACACUAGUGGUAAAGGGUCUUCAGCAGUCGGUCUUACAGCGUAUAUCAGCCGCGAUCCAGAAACUCGUCAAGUAGUACUUGAGUCUGGUGCGCUAGUGCUAUCAGACGGUGGUGUAUGCUGCAUCGACGAGUUUGACAAGAUGUCUGAUUCAACAAGGUCUGUACUACACGAAGUCAUGGAGCAGCAAACAGUUUCGGUAGCCAAAGCAGGCAUCAUUACGACCUUGAAUGCUCGAACAAGCAUACUGGCAUCUGCAAAUCCGAUUGGCAGCAAAUACAAUCCGAACUUACCUGUUCCGCAGAACAUAGACUUACCGCCAACCCUGCUUUCCCGCUUUGAUCUUGUCUAUCUCGUACUCGAUCGCAUAGAUGAGCAGAACGACCGCCGCCUCGCAAGGCAUCUGGUGGGUAUGUACUUAGAAGAUACCCCGGAGAAUGCCAGUAAUGAGGAGAUUUUGCCUGUCGAGUUUCUCACUUCAUACAUAUCGUACGCCCGUACGAAGUGCCAGCCGCGUCUUACCCAGGCGGCGUCCGAGGCUCUUGUGUCCGCGUACGUGCAAAUGCGGAAACUAGGCGAAGAUGUCCGUGCAGCCGAGCGUCGAAUCACUGCCACUACACGCCAAUUGGAAUCAAUGAUUCGUCUUGCGGAAGCUCAUGCCAAAAUGCGACUUUCCGAUGAAGUUACGGCCAAUGAUGUGCACGAAGCUGUGCGCUUGAUCAAAUCUGCGCUCAAACAAGCAGCGACAGACGCUCGCACUGGCCUGAUUGACAUGGGCCUACUCACUGAAGGUACAAGCGCUUCGGAGCGGAGACGAAAGACGGAUCUCAAGAAAGCCAUUACGGAUUUGCUAGAUGAGAUGACAAGGUCGGGAGGCAGUGCGAGAUACGCUGAUGUCUAUCGUCGCAUCAGCGAGCAGGGCAGCGCAGCAGUCGAGGGUACUGAGUUUGCAGAGGCAUUGAGGAGCCUGGAACAAGAAGGACAGGUGUUGACGGGAGGUGAAGGACCUCGCAAGAACAUCCGCCGUGUCACAGGAGUUUCAUAA